UACUUUGUGUUUAUGAGGAACACCGGGAGCUGCAGUCGUGGAGCUCGAUGUGGCGGAGGAUGUCAGUUGCAGCUCUACGUUUGAUCCGCUGUCGGAGGCUAAGUACGGCUGGGCCGCCUGGAGUGAAAAAAGUGCUUCAGUGGAAAAAUUUAAGGAAGUUUGCUAAAGUAACCGGUGCGGUUGUCUUGGGGGGCUGUCUUUUUAUCACUUAUGAAGUGGAGGCCUUGGACAAGGCUGUGACCAUUGACACUCAUGCGAUUCUUAAGGAGAAGUACAAGUCUUACAUCUAUCUGAGAGCCACUCCCUCAGAUGAAAAGGAAAACCUGGCUGCAGGGCUCACACACAAAGCAAGGAGGGAACUUCAUAAAGCAGCAAGGCGGUUUCUGGAAAUAUCUUCUAGGCUUUUGCUGCAAUCACUAGAUGAGCACUUUAGCCAUGUGGAUGUGGACCCACAUGAGGUGGCAUUAUGGGUCUUACUAAAGAGGACACAGUCAGCCAAUAAAGCCAUCAGACUACAGGCUGUGCAGGAGCUUGCAGAAAAUCACCACUGGCAUGACUACCAGUACCAGACAGCUGCCCAGGUUAUAGACCAGCGAACAGCAGUGGGCCUCGCCCGGACUCCUCAGGUAGACCUUCGAUUCUUCCUGCGCACACCUACACUGCCUGACCUGGAUGAUGGUUUGUCAGUAGAAGAUGGACUGAGGCAGCUGCUGGGGUCUCUGCCUCAGUCGGAGGUGGACAAAUGUGUUCAGUACUUCACAUCACUGGCCCUCAGAGAGAGCACCCAGUCCAUGGCAGCACAACGGGGUGGUCUGUGGUGUUUUGGUGGUGAUGGACUACCUUAUGCACAGAGCCUCACUUCUGUUCCCUCUGAGAAGGUGGAAUCCUUCUGUCUACAGGCACUGGUACAGCACUCAAAGGUCCAGAGCCACUGUGACCACAUAGUUGCCAACGGGGGUCUGCAGCUCCUCCAGAGGGUUUAUCAGCUUCGCAGAGACUCCCUGAAGAUUCAGAGAAACAUUGUUCGUAUCAUAGGAAAUUUGGCACUCAACGAGAGCAUUCACCAGGCCAUUGCCCAGUCUGGCUGGGUAUCUGUCCUGGCUGAGAUGACUCAGUCUCCUCAUGUCAUGCAGGCAUCUCAUGCAGCCCGUGCUCUGGCCAACCUGGAUAGGGAGGCGGUGAAAGAGAAAUACCCAGACGGCGUCUAUAUCCUCCACCCACAAACACGUGGCAACCAGCCAAUCAAAGCAGACGUGCUCUUCAUCCAUGGGAUUCUAGGGGCAGCUUUUAAAACGUGGAGACAGAAGGACCGAAUGAUGUUAGAGGAAGAGGGGGGGCCAGACAGCACAGACGACUACACGGAGUGUUGGCCAAAGUCAUGGUUGGCUACUGACUGUCCAAAUCUGAGAGUACUAUCAGUGGAGUAUGACAGUCACCUCAGUGAUUGGAUGGCCAAGUGUCCUGCUGAGAAUCAAAGGAAAUCCUUGGCCUAUAGAAGUCAAGAACUGCUAAAGAAGUUAAAGCUGGCAGGAGUUGGAGAGAGGCCUGUGGUCUGGGUAGCCCACAGUAUGGGAGGAUUGCUUGUGAAGAAAAUGCUGCUGGAUGCCUCAGAGGACCCAGAUAUGCAUGGACUGUUAGAGAACACCAAAGGCAUUAUGUUCUAUAGUGUUCCUCACCAUGGCACCUUUAUGGCAGAGUACUCUGUCAAUGUCAGAUAUCUCCUCUUUCCCUCUAUAGAAGUCAGAGAACUUUGUAAAGACUCACCAGCACUGCGCAACCUGAAUGAGAACUUUCUGAACAUGGCCAAAGAAAAGGAAUUCAAGGUGCUGAGCUUUGCAGAGACACUGCCAACAAACAUUGGUCCCAUGAUCAAGAUACUGGUGGUACCAACACAGUCAGCAAAUCUCGGCAUCGGGGAGCUCAUCGAGGUGGAUGUAGAUCAUCUCAACAUCUGCAAGCCAGAGAAGAAGGACUCAUUUCUGUACAAACGCAGUCUCCAGUUCAUCCAGGAAGCACUGCAGAACUACAUCAGCCACUGACUAAAACAUAUGAACACAAACACACUGAUACAACUUACUGUUUACUUGAAAUGUGGGACAGCACUGUCACCCAAACCAAAUGGAAACGUAACCGCAUCUCAUAGUACGUUCACAUAAACAACCACUAAUGUGAUCAUAGUAUGACUAGGGAAAUUAAAUAUAUACUCAUUGAUUUCCGUGAUGAGUUGUCAUUUGUGAUGAAAAAAAACUUGGGUGUAAUGUUUUUCACCUAGUCAUCCUCAUACAUUAGUCUCUCACUAGUAAAUCAGGUGAUUUUUUAAAGAUCACUUGAAUUUUUAUACAAUGCAAGUUCAGAUCAUAAAAAUGUGUCCUGCAUUUAUUUUUCCAUUUCAUCUUAGACUUACUAGCUUAACAUAUGGCACAUGAUGCUGAUACUAUAUUUACUUUAAGAUGCACUGACACCAUUGCCACUCUUGCUCCUCAGUAUUUUUGACCAGAGUGAUGAUUUAUGAUUUUAUUUUUCUAUUUAUCUAUUUUAUUCUACCUACAGUGUGACAGUCAUGUUGUUUGCCAAAACCUAUUCCUUCCUGAACCUUACCUCAAAUGGACCUGUAUCAAUAUUACUUCAGAUUGUUUUGUAUGGGACUAGCAAUCAAUCAAGCAGUCCGAAUUGCCGCCAUCAAUCGACAAUGAAUAAAUGUUGGAGGUUGAUUUUUUUUUUAAAGUAUAUCAAUGCUUCACUGUUGUGAAAUA